UGUUUUAAUCGUUUCGUGUGUCCGUAUUUUAUUAUAGUUAAUGUGCAUUUACAGUCUUAUUUAUUUAUAUUUUAAUAUUUCCAAGUAAAAUUAAAAUUAUGGACGAUUUUUCAAGCGCUACAACUCAUUCCUUGCUUAUGAGCAGUAAACUGAAUGGAUCAACUGAAAAUUUCAAAACGAUGAAAGCUUUUAAUUUUGCUGUCAAGGAAUACUUGCGAAAUAAGUCUGAAUUGAGGUCCAUUGAAAUUAAUAAAUAUCUAGCGCAUAUUGUAUCAGAUAUAGAAAUAAGCAUUUUUGAUCCUCAUAAUGCAGUAACAUCAGAGUUUUAUGUAAAUUUAUAUGAAUUGAUGAAUAGUUUUGAUUCGUCAACCGGAGGACUGGUUUGGUGCACCAUUAGUGUUUUAGAACGUGCUUGUAAUAAUUCUGAUGCUCGACUGGCAUUAAUUCAUACAUACAGAUUUGUACCUGUCUUAUCAAAGCUACUUUUGGGCGUUGUUCUUGAAGAUAAAAAAGUUCGCAUUUUGUCAUUGAUGCAAGAAUUGACGUAUGGCAUAAAAAUUACUUGGCAAGAACCACAUUUAGCUGUAUUAAUGAAUCAGUUACUAGAAUGGGUCAGAAGUAAAAAUGAACAAUUAGCCAGUUUGUCAUUAUCUGUAUUGGUUAAUAUUUGUUACAAAAACUUACCAUCAACAUACAUCUUGACAAGACUUGUUGAUACGAAAGUCUUUAUCGAUUCAUUAGUAAAAUUACAAUCGAGCAGUAAUGCAAUGCGGGUUCAGCUUUGGAAAAUGGUUAUAAUUUUAGAAGGCAUGACUGGAGAUACAUCAAAAACAGAUCUUUUUGGAUUCAUUGAAGUUGCUUUCGAAAGUGUAGAGGAAUUUUUAAGAGGUCAGCAUAGAAGCAUGCUUCAACAUCUAGUAGAUUUUUUUGUUGAUAUGGUAAAAUAUUCAAGCACACACAAAAUUUUUACAGAAUAUCCUAGCUUUGCCCAUGACGUUAAUAAAAUUCUUAUUGUUGCAGAAAAUGCCACUCAUUCAAUGGACACAAAUGGAGAGGGUGAUUUUAAUACAUCAGUUGAUCCUAAAUGUAUUGCUCUUCUGUUUGAGUUUCUUUAUAAUUUACUGGUACUGGAAUUGCCUGCUUUAUCUUCUUUUCAUCCUAGGCUUGUCGAUUUAGCAAUAAGGUGGGUUGAUCGAAAACCGGCUAGUUCACAGGCAUUACAUUUAUUGAGAACAAUAGCACAGCAAUGCACAGAAACUGAGGAUGUAGUAUCACCUGUGAUAUUGCAACAACUUUCACAGGGAUUUACUUGUCUUGUUUUGUCAAUGCAAGGCCAAAACUUACUAACAGAUACUCCAGACCAUAUAACAUCUAUGCUACAACUAUUAUUAGCCAUGGCCAAAAGACAAACAUUGGUUGUAAAAGUUCUGGACUAUGUAAAAGAGGCUUGGAUUGAUUCAAUCUUUUCUACUAUUAUGGAUGAUGACGAAGAAAAUCCAAAUUUGAACUCAAGUUCUCCUGAAUAUACAAGCAUGUAUAUUCAUUGUUUAACUCUGGUUGCACAACUGGCGCUUUUGAAUCAUAAACAAUGGGCUUUAUAUCUGAUACAAUUGCUGCGAAAACCUCCUAUACAAUCUGUAAUAGCACGUGCUUUAUAUACAGGUUCAUCUUCAUUACGUGAACAAGUUAUGAAGUUGAUACAGUACCGAGAAUUUGAAUUUCCAGUGUCCGAUGUUGCUAAGAUUAUGUGUGACUUAGGACCUAUAGUUACAGCAAAUAAUUCAAAUAACGCAUGUCAAAACUUAUCUGAUGUUAGUAUACCUGUAUUAAGUGUUGUACAACAAGGGCGACUCGAUAAGCUUCUUGGAAAAUUUGAAGAAGCUGCUACUCAUAAUCAGUUGUCAAAUGUUGUAACUUCUGAAGUAAUGGAACUUUAUGAGUAUAAGUUAGCUGCAAUGUCACAUGCCGAGAGAAGCGCCCAAAACAGUUUGGAAUCAGCUAGUCAUCAAAUAACGAGCAUGAAUCACAGAAUUGCCUUAAUGUCUAAGGAACUUGAACGCUUGCAUGGAAUGCUGUACACUAUUCAACGAAGUCAUGAGAAAUUGGUGAAUGAGAAAAAAGUAUCUACCAAAAAACUAUGUGAUAUGGAAAAACUUUUAAAUAAUAGUAACAAUCAAUUGAAACUUGAGAAAGAGAAAUUGUCAAAAAUUGAAAAGGAUCUUAAAGGACAAUUAGAGCGUACAGAAAUGAAGUUACAAUCUUGUGCGACAGAACUAGAAAAUUUGAAGUUACUAAACAAACAAAUUAUUGAAGAAAAAUUAAAAUUGGAAAAUGAUAACAAGGAGAUGUGUUCCAUGCUUGAAACGUAUGAAAGAAAAUAUAAAGAUUGUAGAAAUAAGCUUGAAACCAGUGAAAAUGCGCUUGUUCAUAGUCAAAAACAAGUGAAUGAAAUGUCUAAAGAAAUACAAGAAUUGCAGCAGAGCAGGAAUGAUUUAGAACAACAAUUAAUUGAAAAGGAAAAGCAUAUUAUGAACAUAAGUGAUGAGCUAAGAGAGCUACAACAGAUGAGGGAUUUAAUUGCUACAAUAUCCACUAAAAGAAAGCUGUAA